CCUAUUAACUCUUUUGGUAUAUGUAGUAGUGGUGCUAUAAAUAAAGCCCACCCUCCAUCAACUUAAAAAUAUUCAUUCUCAAAGAAUUAUUUUUUUUGGGUUUGUUUUAUUCUUUUAUUAUUUGGAUCUAUAUUUUUUGGGUUCCUUAUAUAUAUUUUUUUCAUUGCUUGCCCUGUAAUUCAAAUCAACUUGGAAAUUUUGGAAGAUUUGGGAUGAAAUCUGGUCGGAUCUUGCUUUGUGGGACGUGGGUUUUGGUUGGUCUUAUUUCAAUACAAAGCUCCUCUUCUUUUCUCCUCCUUCUCAUCCCAUAGGUCUCACAAAUCAUACCACCAAGAAAAAAAAAAGGAAGUAACAAAGAGAGAGAGUAUAAAUUCCACUUUCUAUUUUGCUUGUUCUGUGGCUUCAAAGCUUGAUCUUUUAUCUUCAAUUGGUGCAAUGGGGAUGGCUGCAGAGUCACAAUUCCAUGUUUUGGCUGUAGAUGACAGCCUCAUAGAUAGAAAGCUGAUUGAGAAGCUCCUCAAGAUCUCAUCUUUUCAAGUUACCACAGUUGAUUCUGGUACUAAGGCCUUAGAAUUUCUGGGUUUGCAUGAACAUGACCAAAGCAAACCAAGUACACUUACUAUUUCCCCAAACAAUCAUCAGGAAGUGGAAGUGAAUCUUAUAAUUACAGACUACUGUAUGCCUGGCAUGACAGGCUAUGAUUUGCUCAAGAAAAUCAAGGAGUCUUCCUCCCUUAGAAACAUACCGGUGGUGAUUAUGUCAUCUGAGAAUGUGCCUUCAAGGAUCAGCAGGUGCUUGGAGGAAGGAGCAGAAGAAUUUUUCUUGAAGCCAGUGCGACUGGCAGAUGUGAAUAGGCUUAGACCCCAUAUGAUGAAAACAAAGUUGAAGGAUCCAAUACAAGAAAAGCUCGAAAAACAUGAAGACAAAGAUGAUGAAACAGAAAAGCCAGAGUUUCAAUCACAAGAACAACAAGAGCAACAACAACAACAACAACAACAACCACAACAACAGCAACAACAACUUUCAAGUAGUAACAAGAGGAAGACCUUGGAAGAAGGGCUUUCACCAGAUAGAACAAGACCCAGAUACAAUGGCAUCGCCACUGUGGUUUGACAAAUUAAUCAUGGAAAAUAUUUUCCACUUUUAAUUUGAACAAUGUAAUUUCUAUAGUUUUUUCUCACUUUUUUUUUAUUUUUUUUUUAUUUUUACUUUUUAAUUUUUGACGUUGGUUAAUACAGAGGCCCAAUAGGAGUGUAGAGCGAGUUGUUUCAUGUACACAUUUUACAUGGAAAUAUUUUAAUCCAAUUUUUGUCUUGCUAA